AUGCAAUGGACGAAUGGGGCUACAGCGCCCCCGAAGUCUCCCGCAUCGCCCGCCUGGCCGCCUACCUGGCCAUGCACCACAAAAGCCCAACCUUCUCCAACAACCCCCUCCCCCAUAAUCUCCCUCGACAAAGCCAACGUGCUCGCCUCCUCGCGCCUCUGGCGCCGCGUCGUCACCGAAACCAUCGCCACCGAAUUCCCCCAGCUCAAACUCACCCACCAGCUCGCCGACAGCGCCUCGCUGCUCAUGGCUACCAAGCCGCGCGUGCUGAACGGCGUGCUGCUGGCGGAUAGUACCUUUGGCGACAUGUUGUCGGACCAGGCUGGGUCGAUUGUGGGCAGCUUGGGCGUGCUGCCUAGUGCGAGCUUGAGUGGCGUGCCCGGGGAAGAUGGGAAGGAGGGUCUGAAGGGGUUGUAUGAGCCGACGCAUGGCUCGGCGCCGGACAUCGCCGGCCAAAGCAAAGCGAACCCCGUCGCCAUGAUCCUGUGCGUGGCGAUGAUGUUCCGCUAUUCGUUCCACAUGGAGGCCGAGGCUCAGUUGAUUGAGCAGGCUGUGUCCGCUGUGCUGGAGUCGGGGGUUCGCACUCCGGAUUUGGGUGGGAAGGCAAAAACGGCGGAGGUUGGGGAUGCGAUCGUCGAAUGUAUCAAGAAGAAUGGCGGUUCGUAG